AUGCGGUUUGAUUAUCACCUGUCUCGACCUGGAAAUAGAGACGAGGCGAAAGAUUACUCGAAACACGGCAUAAUCUCCAUUACGAUCCUUACUCGAAGUAUUAACACCCAUUAUAUAUGCUUUCUGGUUACAAAGCUAACACCUGCCGAGGCCGUGCGCACGAUCCUCUCUAGCCCAGCUGCAGUGAUCUUGGAAUUUAACCAAUCAGUAUUCACAUGGUAUAGUCACUCCGGCAGUGGCAGCCUGGGGAGCCUAGAACCUACAAUCCAUCUUCGCUUUCGUUUUACUGGUAACUGUGCUACAUAUGUCUUGUGA